GAUAAUUCAAGCAAGAAAGCUAGUGAUGGAACUUCAAACUCAGCUUAAUCCUUCUUCUGUUUCUGGUAAUGUCUUAGUAACCAAUAUCUUGUCGAUCUUUGAGACUUCUCUUUCGAUGCUGAAUCAAAUAAAGCUGGACAAUGAAUCUACCACCCCCAAAUCUUCCAUGGGUCAUUUUGGAGGAAGCCUUUUUAGCAAUGGUGGUUCUGAUCUUUUCCAAGACGGUUCAAGAAAGAGAUGUAGGAAAGGGAUAGUAACAUGGACUCAACAAGUACGCGCUUGUGAACAAGGCGGAUUCCAAGGACCCCUAGACGAUGGUUAUGGUUGGCGGAAAUAUGGACAGAAAAAUAUUUUUGGAGCUGCAUACCCUAGAGCUUAUUACAAAUGUAGCUAUCACAGCAGUCAAAACUGCUUAGCAAUGAAACAAGUUCAACGAUCUGACCUAAACUAGUCUAUGUUCAAUGUUACAUACAUUGGAAGACAUAGCUGCAGCGAAACACCAGCGCAAUAUUCACCAA